AGCAAAUUAGUAAGCAUAAUAAUUGCACUACGGCAUUGUGUACAACUGCACUUCCUUUUUCCUGGACAACCAGUAAUUACGAAUGGCGUACCCCUUCAAAAACUAGAGCAUUACUGAGAUAGCUCCACCGCCUUGGAUUUUAUCAGUGGGCAUUGGCACUGGAGUAAUUGACAUAUAUUUAGUCAAAACUAGAGGACUCCCUGGUAUAAUACAGGUGUGCAGGAGACCUUGUAUAAUAUAAGUGUGCAGGAGACGUUCGCACUACAAAGCAUACAGGUGACCAAGAGGAACAACUGAAUACUGCGGUUAGAUUCUGCAAGCUGCAGCAGAAAUAUUUUCAAUAUUUCCAAAGGACUUGUCUAAGGUGAGGUAUCAACAAUGAAGGUAUUGCUGCUCUUUGUGGCCCUUACCGCUUCCAUCGCUUUGAGAGCUGAGUCGUCUAAAAUCUUGAUGCUCCCAUAUGGCAUGUAUAGCCAUAUCAACCUCCACACCAAACUCGGGCAAGCACUCGUUAAGGAUGGGCACGAGGUUUGGAUGCUUGGGUUCGACAUAUAUGAAGACGCAAUGAAAAAGCGGGGAUUAAUUCCGUUGACGUUUCCCGUGAAGCCAGAAGACGAUUUAUGGACAAAAUUUGACGAAUGGACCGAGGAAAGCCCAACCGGUGAAGGGGUGGUGGAAAAAAUGUUCUCGGACAAGUGGUGGGUUAUGUCACAUUCACGCAUCUGUGAUCAAAUCAUGCAAAACGAUACGAUAACAGCAACAAUAUCUGAGCAGAAGUUUGACUUGGUUAUACACGAUGGUGUGGAUGAGGUGUUAUGUCAUUUGAUGAUCCCGUACAGGUUUGACAUCCCAUUUGUGACGGUGCACGGUUUUCAGGUGACAUCGUGGGUUUCCGGCGUGACCGGAAUGCCGUCGAUUGAACCAGAGGUAGGCCUCGGAUUUUCAAACCGCAUGGACUUCUGGCAAAGAUUAGAAAACUUGAAAUCAUGGCUGCAACACGUGGAUAGUUUCUACUACGAAUUGUAUAAUGAUCACCACAUGAACAGUUACUGUCCAACAGACAAACCCAAAAUCCCACUUAAAAAAGUUGCAGAGUCAGCAGAAAUGUUUUUGAUGAAUUACGAGGUCAUGUGCAUGGAUUAUCCACGCGUUUCAGCGCCGAAUAUGCAAUAUUUGGGCGCUAGUUCAGCUACAUCUGCGAAACCUUUACCGACUGAUUUGGAGGAAUAUGUAGCAGGCGCAAAACAUGGCGUGGUCCUGAUGAGUUUAGGUUCGUUAAAAGGGUCGCAAUUUGUCUGGAAAAUAAUCGGCGAGAAAAUCUUUGAGGCGUUCGGACGUCUUAAGCAGCGCGUCAUUGUCCAAUACAGGCUAGAUGAAGUCUACGGCAAAGUUCCCGGAAAUGUCAAGCUAAUGAAAUGGCUACCACAAAACGAUAUCCUCGGUCACAAAAACAUGAAGUUAUUUGUAAUGCACGGUGGAAACAAUGGACAGAAUGAAGCCGUUUAUCACGGCGUACCUAUGUUGGUCAUUCCGAUUUUCUUCGACCAAAUUUACAACGGAAAACGCGUAGAAGUACACAACUAUGGUAAAUUUGUGAAGGACAAAGAAGCAGUCAGUUCAUCGGAACUUUACGAAAUUAUGUCUGAAAUCAUCAACAAUCAAACGUAUUCUAAGAACAUCAAAAAAUGUUCCGCGAUUAUUAGAAGUUUGCCAUCGGCUCAGGAGAAGUUUGUGUUUUGGGUGAAUCAUGUUUUGAAGUUUGGCGGUACCCAUUUGCGCCCACCGAGUUUGGAUAUGCCGCUGUACGAGGUGUUGAUGCUUGAUAUUGUGGCAUAUUAUGUGAUCUAUUAUCUGGUUAUUGUUCAUGUUGCUGUGUGGGUUUUGUAUUUUGCUGUGAAGUAUUUCCUGCGAUAUUUGAAAAACCUAAAAGCAAAGAAAGAGUGAGGACAAGUUGAAUACUUCUUCCUUUAAGAAGCUGUCCUGUUGUUUUUAUACGCACAACUUUAAACAACAAAAUUUUCUAGCCUCUCAAUUAUUGUGAUUCGCAAACAUUUCUGAAAAAAUAAAAUAAAAAAUGGUGUUUUCAA